GACGCCCCGCCCGCCACUAGCACUCAGGCGCGCGCAGUUUCACUCCCUACUGUAUCGAUGAAGUUGCACAAAGAUGGCGGAUUUCCUGCCGUCCCGGUCCUUUCUAUCCGUUUGUUUUCCAAACUGUCUUCUGAACAGCAGCGAGGCGGAACAACUAAGGAAAUCUAAAGAAAUUGACCGAGGUCUUAUGAAAGACAAACCCUAUGUGAAACGGUUAGUCAAGAUACUUUUGCUCGGCGCCGGAGAGAGCGGCAAGUCCACUUUCCUCAAGCAGAUGCGCAUCAUACACGGGCAGGACUUCGAUCAGCGGGCCAAAGAAGAGUUCAAAACCACCAUUUACAGUAAUGUUAUGAAAGGUGUUCGAGUGCUUGUGGAUGCCCGAGAAAAGCUGCAUAUCCCGUGGGGAGACCCUUCAAACCAGGCACAUGGAGACACCAUGAUGGCAUUUGACACACGGUCAGCCAUGGGGUCACAGGGGAUGGUGGAGACCAAAGUGUUCCUGCAGUACCUGCCUUCGAUCCGUGCCCUCUGGGCUGACAGCGGCAUACAGAACGCAUAUGACCGGCGCAGGGAAUUUCAGCUGGGUGAAUCGGUGAAAUAUUUCUUGGAUAACUUGGACAAACUUGGAACACCGGAUUAUCUACCAACACAGCAAGACAUCCUGCUGGCACGUAAGCCCACCAAGGGCAUUCACGAGUACGACUUUGAGAUCAAGAAUGUGCCCUUCAAGAUGGUGGACGUGGGCGGCCAACGGUCGGAGCGUCGCAGGUGGUUUGAGUGCUUUGACAGCGUCACCUCGAUCCUCUUCCUUGUCUCAUCCAGCGAGUUCGACCAGGUGCUGAUGGAGGACCGGCAGACCAACCGUCUCAUGGAGUCACUUAACAUCUUCGAGACCAUAGUCAACAACCGCGUCUUCAGCAACGUUUCCAUCAUCCUCUUCCUCAACAAGACAGACUUGCUUGAGGAGAAGGUCAAAACGGUGGCCAUCAAGGACUACUUCCCCGAGUACACAGGGGAGCCGCACAGCCUGGAGGACGUGCAGAGGUUCCUGGUGGAUUGUUUCCGGAACAAGCGGCGAGACCAGCAGCAGAAGCCCCUCUACCACCACUUCACCACUGCCAUUAACACAGAGAACAUUCGCCUGGUCUUCCGUGACGUCAAGGACACCAUCUUGCACGACAACCUCAAACAGCUCAUGCUGCAGUGAUGCUGGUCCAGCCAUUUCCUUUCAGAUCUCUCCAAAAUAACCCUCUUCUGCUCAGAUGUUUGUACUCCACACAGUAACCUUUCUGAAUAGCUCUGACGUGCUUUUAUGCGAGGAAGAAGGCGGCCUAGCGGUCUGUCAGGAGCACGGGACGGCGGGUAGUUGUUCUCUUAAAGAGUAAGCUUAGAGAAGAGAGUGCAUCACACUCACACUUGUCCUGCCAAGAGAAGCUGUACGUGUCAUUGAGCGUCACCCUCUCGCCGAAGGUGCCAAACGCUGUGCGUUCCUCCCUUAAAAAAAAGAGGAAGAAAGCAGGAAGAGAUUCUAGCACUGUCCUCAGUCUGUUACCUUUUUGAGCCUUUUAUUACUGACCAAAUAGCAAGUUGAGAUGCAAAUGCUGUUUUAACCUUUUAACAGGAACUAUGUUCUGAGCCUUUCUGUCGAUACCUGCCUGGCCUUAAUAUUUCCCCCAUCAUUUUGAUUGGUGUUUUUAAUGUGUAGAUGUCUAAUCAAUUGUAAAAUUUUAGAAUUAAUUUUUUUUAUAUAUAUAUAUAUAUAUAUAUAUAUAUAUAUAUAUAUAUAUAUAUAUAUAUAUAUAUAUAUAUAUAUAUAGAUCAAUGAAUAUAUUUACCGAUAAACUUCUUAAGUUAUGUUUCAAAACGUUUACACUCUGAUUUUCCUCUGCUGAUGGAUAACGCUCACAAUUCAUACCACUUGAUAAACUGAACUUAUACUGUGGUUAGCCAUGCUAGGCGAGCUGAUAGAUACAGUAUGCUUACAGCAUAAACUCAGGGCCGAAUGUAGACCACUUUAGCGUUGCGAUGAAAUUAACUGUUCGCCUUCAGGAACACCCACUAUUUGUAGCUCUCCAUCAGUGGCUGGAAAUCACAUUUCCUUGCUGGCCUGCAGACAUCCUCCUCCGCUCUGCCCUAGCUAGAGUCUGGAAGAACUUCUUUAUCCAUCAGGGAACAAAAAAAAAAAAAAACGGUGUCUUGUUAAUUUAUUUGCUUUGAUUUAAAUCUCUCUCUUUUUUGGGGGGGGGGUUUGUCCACAACCAAACUAUACUGGCUUUUCGGUCAGAACCCGCUAACAAAAGUGUCUGUAUUCUCAAGUGCCACAUGAUUAAGGUACCAAUAAUUCGAACAACUUUCCUCAAAAGGGAUAGAUCUUACUAUGUGAACCUCGUUCCCUCAAUGGUUGUGUAUAGCUACUUUGUAUAGUGCCAUGUCCGCCCUGAAUACUACUGUUUUAGUAAGUAUUUUGUGUAAAUAGUCUGCACCUCACCCUCCUUACUCUUUUCUAACAGAUAUGUAACCUACACUGAAAUGUAUAGCUGUUUUUUGCCACAAAUCCAGAGAUACUGACUCCCUGCCUGCAGUUCGCUCCAUUCAAGGUUGCUCUUUUAGCUGCUUCAUCUCAGCUUUUGCGCUGAAUGAUGCCUGUAUUUGUCGUCUAUGCAUUCAGAUGGCAGCAGUAGAGGACUCUUUGUCUGGUGUCGAAUUCUGCCUUACGCCCCUGGCUGAAGUCCCGGGAGGCUCGUGAAAAGCAAGUAUUACGUCUUCACGCUCCACUGACAGUGUCCUGUGUCUUCUAGUGCCAUUCACUGCCCCUCGAUGCCAGCAAACCGGGCAUUGCGGAGCUUUUGUUGUCGUCUUAGUAUCCGACCUUCACUUAACAACCUCAAAAUGUUCCAAGCACAAGAUUUUGACUGAUUUAAGUGAAUUUCAGUGUUGUUUGAGAAUGCUGAAAUGACCUCUAGUAUUUGCUGCCUAGUUCUAGCAUGCCGAGUCUUAAAACAUUGUAUUAUCUGCCUCUGAACUUAAUAAAGCAAGUGUUCCACACUUGGCAAAACCCAGAGGAAUGGCUGAGGACGAGUCCACGACUUCCUGCGUGUGAGAGCCCUGAGGGCUAGCCCAAGUGCUUUUGCAAAUGACGUCACUGUCCGCUGUAGCUUUGACAGAUCUGUCUGUAUGACAGGUGGAGGACAAAGGCCACCACCGCUGCAGACACCCACUGACACGCGCACCGCCUCGAUGCCUCUCUGUUGGAGCGCAUUGGUUUCUGUCGUGUUUAGCGCACGCUCCAAACGGUCGACACGUUUAAAGGAAGGGCGACGGCGCAGAUAGAUACACUACUUUAGCUGUAUUCCUCUUCUGUACACUGUGACGUGUGAGAGAUGAACGCCAUUCACGCUUGUUUUCUCUGCUCUUCCUGUAAGAAUUGUUGAGGAUGGUGUAUAAACAAACGAGUCUUUCUCAUUGUAGCUUUCUCCUGAACGUGAUUCUGAUCAGAGAUGGCUGAUUUGACCUUUUCGGUUUUGCCCAGAUAAUCACGUUUGAUUAUUAUAAUUAUGCAAGACUUACGCCUGCCACAAAGAAUUCCUAGUGCCUCCAGUUUAAUGCCUCAGACAUUUCUGGUCCUUUUUUUAUGUACUUAGGUUUUUUUUUUUUUGUUUGUUUGUUUGUUUUUGUUUUUUAAAAUUGAUUAAUGUGGAUGCUUUUGAGUCCUCAUAUCAAAAUAAUUCAUACUAAAGAUUUCAAGACUCAGUACUGAAUAUAGACCUGCUUUUCAUUGUACAGUCUAACAUAUGCUUCCCCAUUGUUCAUCAUUGACUCAAUAAAACAUUUUUCAAAAACUGUCA